AGGCCGCCUGGAGCCGGGCUGCGCAUGCGCACUGUCCCCGGGCCAAGAUGGCGAUGAGGUGUUCUGCACGCUGGUUGCUGGUGGUUGUGGGGACCCCCCGGCUGCCGGCUGCAGCGGGGAGAGCGGCGCGCCCACUCUGGGAGGGUGUAGUCGGGGCAUCACUGGGCCCCAAGCUGAAUGUCGCCGCCUUCGCGCCUUCCCUAGGCGCUCGCGGUCCCCGGGCGCUGCUGACAUUGAGACCCUGUGUCAGCCUCACAGGAACAAAAAGUUACCCUUUUGUUUGUACUGCCUCCUUCCACACAAGCACGCCCUUGGCUAAAGAAGAUUAUUACCAGAUAUUAGGAGUACCCCGAAACGCCAGCCAGAAAGAGAUCAAGAAAGCCUAUUACCAGCUUGCCAAGAAGUAUCACCCUGACACGAAUAAGGAUGAUCCCAAAGCUAAGGAGAAAUUCUCCCAGCUGGCAGAAGCCUAUGAGGUAUUGAGUGAUGAAGUGAAGAGGAAGCAGUAUGAUACUUAUGGCUCUGCUGGCUUUGAUCCUGGGGCCAGCAGCUCCGGACAGAGCUACUGGAGGGGAGGCCCUUCUGUUGACCCAGAAGAGCUGUUCAGGAAGAUAUUUGGGGAGUUCUCAUCAUCUUCUUUUGGAGAUUUCCAGAGUGUAUUUGAUCAACCUCAGGAAUACAUCAUGGAGUUGACAUUCAAUCAAGCUGCCAAGGGUGUCAACAAGGAGUUUACCGUGAACAUCAUGGAUACCUGUGAUCGCUGUGAUGGCAAGGGGAAUGAGCCUGGUACGAAGGUGCAGCAUUGCCACUACUGCGGUGGCUCUGGCAUGGAGACCAUUAACACGGGCCCUUUUGUGAUGCGUUCCACAUGUCGGAGAUGUGGUGGCCGUGGCUCUAUCAUCACAAAUCCAUGUGUGAUCUGCAGAGGAGCAGGACAAGCCAAGCAGAAGAAACGAGUGAUGAUCCCCGUGCCUGCAGGUGUCGAAGAUGGCCAGACUGUGAGGAUGCCUGUGGGAAAACGAGAAAUUUUCAUCACAUUCAGGGUGCAGAAAAGCCCUGUAUUCCGGAGGGACGGCGCAGACAUCCACUCCGACCUCUUUAUUUCAAUAGCUCAGGCUCUUCUUGGGGGGACAGCCAGAGCUCAAGGCCUAUACGAGACAAUCAAUGUGACGAUUCCACCUGGGAUUCAAACAGACCAGAAGAUUUGCUUGACUGGGAAAGGCAUUCCCCGGAUUAACAGCUAUGGCUAUGGUGACCACUACAUUCAUGUCAAGGUCAGAGUUCCAAAGAGACUGACAAGCCGGCAGCAGAGCCUGAUCCUGAGCUACGCAGAGGAUGAGACUGAUGUGGAGGGAACAGUGAAUGGUGUCACCCACACAAGCACAGGUGGCAGAACCAUGGAUAGCUCCACAGGAAGCAAGGCUAGGCCUGAGGCUGGGGAGGACGAGGGAUUCCUUUCCAAACUUAAGAAAAUGUUUACCUCCUGAUAUCUCAGCCGAGGAAAACGAUCCACUGGAAACUAGGCUGGGAGCAACAAUCCUUCCUUAUGGACAGGCCUCAGAGACUGGAUUCCAGAGCAGCAGCACUGAGCCCCUGCCCGCAGAGCCUUCUCAACCACCAGGAAAGAGCAAAACAACGUGAUAGCACAUCUCUGUGCAAGAAGGUUACAGUAGACAGCCUCUGGGCAGUAAAUGUAGCACCAGAGUACUGGUGGAAAAUUCCUGUUCGUGGAUAGGUGACACACCUCUUCUGACUCAGGCAGGGUAAGACGGCUGGACACUUCUUAUAGCACUAAAACUAUAGUUUGGAAUCAAAUGUGGUGGAGAGCUUAAGAAUUAAAGGCCAUGCUUUCAGCUUAAAAUGAAGCCUUAACUGCA